AUGUCCUCUUUCAAGCGAAAGGUAACUAACAAGGCUGCCUUGCCGGUCCCUGGAACUCGCACAUCUCCAGCAUCGAGCUCAGUUACCACCAUCUCGACCGGAAUUCCUUCUCUAGAUGACGUUUUGGGUGGAGGUCUCCCUCUCUCUUGCUGUCUGCUUGUAACGGCGCCAGAUCUACAUUCCUCAUAUGGGGAAUUGAUUCAAAAGUAUUUUCUUGCAGAAGGGCUUGCUUGCCGACAUCGUCUAUGUGUUGUAGAUGGCCAGCCAAAGGAUUUUGUGAGAGAUAUAAUGUGGAUUCCAGGCCAAAUGAAACAACAGGUAGAAAAGACAGAAAGUGACGAGGAAGAGGACUCGUCAGAUCGCAAAGUAAAAAUCGCGUGGAGAUACGAGCAAAUGAAACCCUUUCAGACGACUGUUUCUUCAACCCCUUCAACAACUGAUAGCUACGGUCAUCCGUUUGAGCUUUCGAUCCGUGCCCCGGCCUCAUUGAUUGACGAUGCGUUCUGUUCUGGGCAAUUAUCGUCGCUGACGAUUGAACCAUCAAAGUUGGACGUCACCAACUUGAUUCGCCAACUCGAAGAUAAGCUACAAUCCGAUGCUUCGACGCCUCUUCGGAUCUGUAUUCCCUCGUUGGGGUCCCCUUUUUGGGGAGAUGUUACAAAACGAGAAUUGCUGUUUUUCCUACACUCGCUCAAGUCCCUCCUGCGUAAAUACCCGCACGGGUGUGCAUCCGUUGGACUUUCUCCACACCUGUCCGCGGAUAAUUGGGGAGGGGCUGGCUGGCUACAGAAAUUAGGCUGGAUUUCUGACGCAGCUUUGAGCUUGUCAGCGUUUUCUGGAGACGUAUCAAUGUCAGCGACGUUUCCGAAACACCAUGGAUUGGUGCAAAUUCAGUCUCUUCCUUGCCCAGCAACACUGGUGGCUGCGAGUGACCGAUUUUCGGUAUUGCGUGGACUGGUCUCAUCUUCUUCUGGGGGAAGUGGUGAAAAUAAUCUGGCGUUCAAAUGCACGCGGAAGAGAUUGAUGAUCGAGACGUUGCAUCUUGAUCUGGAAGGAGGGGUUGCAGAGCGGCGAACAACUGCACUAGUGUCAGAGGUAUUUAAUGCAAAGAGCAGUGCAGCGAUGGCGACGGGGGCGUCUGUGAGAAUUGAACUGGAACAACCGGAGCAACAAGAGAUUGCCAAAGUCAAAAAGGCGAAGAAGAAGAGCGUUGCAUUUGAUGUGUAUGAUUUUUAG